AGAGAAAAUCCCACUUAUAACUACUACUACUGCUGCUGCUGCGGAAAGAUAAUGGCCCCCAUCGGUAGUAUUUAUCGUGCAAGUGCAACUUUAUCAGCUUCAUCUCAUGUAUUGCGAGGUUUAACAUCAGCCUUUUCACGUGUCACGAUAUCUCCUAGGCCUACUCUACUAUGCCUACCCAGUAAUUCAGUGUUUGACCAGCGUCGUCAUUAUGCUAUGCGACUAGAGCUUAAUGAACAUGGCAUUGUAUGGCGAAGACCUGAAUACAUUCCAUCUUGGACACCUCCAAAGUCUGGAGAUCUGAAACCAUAUGCAGAGCCCAACCCAUCAAGACCUCCUCUCAAGGUUUUACCAGCUAAAGAUGCCUUUGAAAAAUUGGAUGAAGAAACAAAACGUUUCUUAUCACUGGAGCUCUCAACACGUGAAGAAACCCUGAAAAUUGGACGACUGGAUGCGUUGAGGAAGGUACAGAAACACAAAUAUGAUACUGGUUCCAUGGAAGCUACAAUUACUAUGUUAACUUGCAAGAUUCGAAACUUACAAGAGGUACUUCUGAAGAAUAAGAAAGAUAAACCUGCACGGUGUCACUUAAUUGAAUUGAUUGCACGGAGAAAGAAAUUAAUGAAGCAUUUAAGACGAAUGGACUACAAGCGUUUUGAAUGGCUUUUAGAAAAGCUUAAUCUGGAAUAUAAACCAUUCCCAACGGCUUACCACUGGAUUACAAGAAAAGAUUCUUUGAGAAAGCUGGUUCAGCUACACAAGGAAGACAUAAGAACAAAGAGAUUAGAAGAGUAUAGAGAAGCUUUGAAGAGCAAAGAAGAGUCGUUCUUAAAGGAGAAAGCUGAAACUUUGGAGUGGAUUGCAAAGACCGAAGAGGAGUUGAAAAUACCCUUGGCUAAAAAGUAUAUUACUUCAUAAAGGCUUGUAGACCUUGAAGUAACUAAAAUUUCAACCUUUCUUGAAAAAAAGUCUUAGGAGUAAUAUAUCUUCUUAUAAUUUUUCAACUGUACAAAUAACUGUGUAUAUUUAAGACUAUAGAUUGUCAAUGGUUAUUGUAAUAGUAAAGUAGAUGAAUCAAGUUUAA